GUGAGAGCAAUGCAUGUUAUUAAUCCCGUUGUCUGUCCAAAUAUAGCUCUUCGAUUCGUUAGCGGUUGCCGCCGAGCAGGGCGUUUAGUUGUGGCGGUCCCAUUCCCGUCGGCCAGUCAUUUCUCAGGUUGGUCUCUUGGUUGGCCCCCUGUGUUUCAGAACGCGACAAUCAAGAGACUUUGCAUGCCAUCACUUUAAGGAACGGCAGUCGCAAAGAUUGCCGUGAAAUUGUUUUCGUCUCCAUUCUCAAUCUCGACAGCGGACCGCAGUUCUUUUCCUCUUCACCUUCUUCAAUCUUAUAUGCUUCGGGGCCCCUACAAUGUUCAGUCCGGGGAACUGCACCAUCAUCCCAGACACCGUGCCGAGCGAUGCUGGCAUUGCCGGAGCAGGUGUUCUGCUUGCCUCGGCCAUUACAGCAAGUUUGGCGCUGGGCAUCUCAGCCAGCUUAGUCCUGCAGGAAUUAAUAUGGCGUUCGUCAUCCUCUAAUAUAAACCGAAACCAAUCCGUGAUUCGGCGGAAACUUCUCAGCGGGUAUUCCGACCAGCAGAUCAUGGUCGGUAUCGGCCUGCAAAGCAUAGGGUUGGCAAAGUCGAACUCGUUGGUGCCGUACCACUUCUUCCUUAUCUGGAUGCUAGCGUUGCUCUCGAUGGCGACGCAUAAUGCGGCCCUCCUGGCGCUAGUCCAAGACUUCAAGAGGGACUGGGUCCUGAGGUGGAUGCGACAACUCUUGAUGUUCGUGAACCUAGCCCUCUCAUGUGUGUAUGGCAUCUACGUGCUACAAAGCAAGGUCAAAGGGCUGCCGAACACCUUGCCCAUCGGUUGUAUAUGGGUACUCGACUCGACUACUUCCAACGUUGGGGGCAUUGACUACGUUGGGACCAUUGUCACCAUCGCUGGAAACUGCAUCGUAUUUGGUUUAGCGACAUGGUACUUGCAGAGCCGGAGGCAGAGGUUCUACAAAGUAGUCCAAGUUGUCGGCCUGAUUUUAAUGUCAGCCAUUGCGAUUGGAGCGACUAUCCGGGCCUACUUGUUAUCGCAAGCGUUCGGUAGCCCGGACGUGAAGCUCAGCGACCAAGGUGAAAAGCAGUGGAGCUUUGGCCAGCUAUUAUCGCUGCUCAUGCUCAUCCUACCUGUGAUCUCGGUGGUCGAGAUCAUGCGUGGAGAGAUAGCGGUCGCUCCACCGGUACAGGACGAAGACAAGCAGGCUUUAUUCGAUGGUGAACUUUCGGAUAACCCGCAUGGCGGAACGGGGGGAAGCAACAGGUCUUGACACAGAAGGUUACGGGGAGAUAUUUAAUGAAACAAAAGGCUUGGUCCUACAAUAAGUUGCCCGAUACCACUAGCGUACCCAGGAGGGGUAC